GUUGUUUACUUUUACUGCAGGCAGCUGUCUUUAACUACCUGGGUGCCUGUUUUGCCGUGCCGACUAAAUUGAGAAUUUGUGGUUUAUUAAACCUCUGGUGUUAAAAUGUUAUUAAAUAACUGACGAAAUAUAUUUCUACAUAUUUAAUAUAAAAUAGAAAACUACCAAACAAGUGAGUAGAAUAAUGCCUAAAUUGAACAUAGACGAAAGUAUAGCAAAAUAUGAACAUUACAUCAAUGAUGUUCUCAAAGCAGAUCUGCAAGUGUUACAUAAAAAACUUCAGCAAGUUAAUGCUGAGAUUUCGGACCUGAUUCAACAGAAACACACCUUAAAAGUUAUCACAGAUAAGAAGAUGCACCCAGAUGGAUUUAAGACUCAAGUCAAUUUAGGUUGCAACUUUUUUAUGGAAGCAGCAGUUCAUGAAACAUCUACACUCUUAAUGAAUGUUGGUUUGAAUCAUUAUCUAGAGUUUAGUUUAGAUGAGGCACACAAAUAUUUGGAUGUAAGAAUAAAAGCGUUUGAAGAAAAGGCAGAAGAAUUACAAAAUAAGGGUGCGGAGACUAAAGCACAUAUUAAAAUGAUGCUGUUCGGGAUUGCUGAACUUCAGAAUGAAAAGUUUAAGGGGAAGAGUUAAUACUGAGAUAUCUUUAUUAUAGUUAUAGGAAAUAUAAUUAAUAAUUGUGAUUUGAACUUCAAAUGGUAGUGUGUGAUUGCGAAUAUGCAUGUACCUGAUAUUCAAAGUUAUUUUUAAAACAUGAGUACUAAUCACACAGGACCAGACAGCUGACAUCAUAAAUAACAUCUUUUUCAUGUUUGUUCAACAGUUUUGUUUAGUAAUGAAUAUUUAUUUGAAUAAAGAUACUAUUGAAGA